GCAAGAUGGCGUCUACUUCGAGGCUAGAGGGAACGAAAGAGUCGUACCCAAUAAAUGAGUCCAGAGACGUCCUUGGCCUCCACGAAAUGUUCCAGAUUGUUGGUGACCAAAUGACUACAAAGGAUGUUCGAUCACUCAAGUUUUUGUACAAAAGAAUAAUGCCUUGGAACAUUUUUAUGAAUGUAAAUGAUGGAUAUACAUGUUUACUUGCCCUUGAAAAACUGGGGAGAGUGGACGAAACGAACUUUAAAUAUCUCUUGCAAUUCCUCAGAAUAAUCACUCGUCACGAUCUCUCCCAAUAUGUGACUCUGAGAAGGCGAAGAACAGUGGUUCCAGAUCCAGUAGAUGAAUAUUUACAGCACACAUCAAGGUUAGCACAGAUGAUUUCCCAGAGAGGUUCAGCCAGGUCUAAUCAACCUGUGACAAAACCAGCACGGUCUGCGGAAAGCAGUUUGUCGGAACUAGCAGGGGCAGAUCAUCCAGCCAAACGAGCUCGUUCAAUGCACUUCAAUUCCACACGAGUGACCAGAAGUCAAGUGCGUGAGGUGGAAGAGAGUAGUGAUGGUUCAUGUCAGACACCAAUGAUGACAAGUUUUCCUGGGAAAACUGAUGAUUCUGAAGAGAUAAAAAGAAAGGUUACCUGUGAUAUUCGUCUGAGAGUACGGGCAGAAUACUGUGAUCAUGAGAAUGCUUUGGAAGGGAACAUCUUCUCUAAUAAACCAGAUCUUCUUGAAAGACAGUUUGAAAAAUUCAUGCAGGCCAACACAAUACUGAAGUCCCGUGACCUUGGCUCCAUUAUCUGUGACAUUAAGUUUUCUGAGUUGACAUAUUUAGAUGCCUUCUGGCGGGACUACAUCAAUGGAUCAUUGUUAGAGGCUCUCAAAGGCGUUUUUAUUACAGAAUCCCUGAAGCAAGCGGUUGGACAUGAAGCCAUUAAGCUGUUAGUGAAUGUUGAUGAGGAUGACUAUGAAGCAGGCAGAGUGAAACUCUUAAGGAAUUUGACUGAGUGAUUUGAACAGGAAAAAUUUGUGUACAUCCAGAUUUCCACAGCUUUAUCCCAGUUUGAUUUGUAUUACAGGUCUGGUCACCAAAGUUGUGGAGUUUCAAUGGAUCAAGGCAUGGCAUUUCGCAGUUUACGAUAGCUAAAAAAUAAUGGGCCAAUUUUCAGGAAACCAGAAAUUCAACUUAAGACAUUGCCAUGUACAGAAAAUGUUCACGUGAUAGGGUACCUUGUCCUUCACUUCCUUAUAUUAAAACAAAGAGUUUGCCAUCAUUGUCAAUUAAGCACCUUGGGUAACAGGAGAUAGUAAGGCUUGGCCUCCAAUGCAGGAUAUGUGUGUGUGUAAAGGCAUCACUGGAGGUCAGUUCCAAGCUUUUCAUUGGUCUCAGCAGGAAUUAGAAAUUGUUUUCUACCAGUUGCAUAUGAGAGGUAUUUUCUUUUCUACUUACCAAAGUUUCUCCACUUGUACAAAUUUUUCUUGUGGGGCUAAGAUUAAUGUUUCUUUCCAACAAAUACCAAACUGCAUAAAAAUGGUGAGCUCUUAAGACCAGUUUGAAGUGCUGUAUUUAGGCCAAAACGCACAAUUUCCACAAUAUUCCCAAGGUAACUUUUCUUUUCACCAAUCACUUGAAGAAAAUGAUCCGAUUAGGACAAGUGAACAUCGUAUUGUUUCAUUCCCUAGACAGGGAUGUGGAGAACGGUAAUUUCACUGUUAUGAAAUUGUCCCCUGCUUGAGUUCACAGUUUCGUAAAGCAUUAUUCUCAUGUUCAGUUGCACAGUAGCAUUUACGUCUCAGUCUGGUUUGCGGAGAUACCAACCUAUCAUUGGACUUGCUUCUAGAGAGACUUCCUGGUGUAGUUGACAUGGUUUUGUAGUGUUUAUUUAAGAAGUGAUCUUCCGUAGCAGACUCUUGUUCCCUGCAUGAAAGUUGAUGAUGGAUUAUGAAAGCUAUGCAAGAUGUUCUACGUGAGAGCUGAAUGAAAGGGUAACUCAGAACAGCUGGGUAUAGCAGUAAUUGAUCACACUUACAUAUGCAUUGGGAGUAAAAAGUGUGUGAGAAAAGAAAUGUUGGAAGUUUGUUCAUCAUUUUGAUGCCUGUCAUUAAUUCCAGAUGCUUUGCGCUACAGUGUAGAUCAGUUAUAACAGUGGUUUAUGCUUUGAACGGUUAUACUUUGUUUUUGUGCCUUGAAUGUGACCUUUUGGAUUUGUACCUGGUCUGAUGUAGGUUUACAUGCUCUUCCAAAUGUUCCAAACAAAAUUCUUAAUUAUGCGUAAUCAUUCCAGUCUGUGAUCGCUGAGAUGAUGUCCAUGAGACACUCUGAUCGCCAGCAUACAUCCUGGUAAUGGACGAUGGCUUAACAUUAAUCUCAGUCUUCAGGGGUUGCUUUUACAAACUUCCUCUUAGAGAUGGCUGGCCCUCUAUAAGACACAAAUACAUAUUUAUAUACAUGUACAUGAAAAUAGGCAGUGGCAUUUUAACAUGUGUACAACUACAAUCAGUCAUUUCAAGAUAAAUAUUUGAGAACAAAAUGGGAAUAAGACAAAUUCAUCGUUUGGUAUUUUCAGUAACGGUGACCCCAUCCAGAAGCAGUCUUUCUGAGGAAUCCUCCUAAAUGCAAGGUAUAAUGUUGCGAGUCCACGAGAACAAGGCUGGGUGUGAGUCCGUGGUGUUUGUGAUAUAGGGUUGAUUCUGCUGGACAUGGGUUGACUAGAGCAGGUUUCAAGCAAUUGUUACUCCUAUGUACCAGGGGGUUUAUAUUGUGUUGAGCAGAAUAGUGUCCUGUGUACCAGAGUUUAGGUCCUGUGUAACAGAGUUUAGGUCCUGUGUAACAGAGUUUAUAGCAUGGUUAAUAUCCUGUGUAAAAACAGUUCUGCAGUCAUUUUUAAGAAUGUUGAAAAGAAGUCCAAACCUAUACCAUAUAAAUGACAAGUUAACCUGCUAAAGUGUACUUCCCGUGGUAUAUAUAUAAAUGCAAACAAGACUAAUCAGGUUUGUACAGUAUGUUAAUUAGCAGUAUUUAUUUAUUGAGGAAAGCUAGUGAUUUUGGUGCAUAUAGGUUCCUUGGUUGCCAGGAUUGGAAUAAAGAAGUCUGUGUGAAGGUAGUGGAACAUUUCUUUGAUGUUUAGCAGCAUCUUAACAGUUUGUGUUCAUCAAACAUUAUGUAUGUUACUUCUACAAGAAGGAGUUAAUAAGACGCUCAAUAGAUGACCUCACUCGAUGCUACCACCAAGUUUCUUUACUGUCAUGCCAUUAAUAUGAAAGUCAUGCUUGGAUCUUGGUUCAUUUGAAACUUGACUACCAUUUAAUACAAUACUGAUGUCACGCUGAAAAUAUCAGGUUCUGGAGCUCAAAGGGCUCCUUUCCAGUCUAGAAAAUUUUUUUUUUAAUCAGCAAAGAAGAGAACAUAGUCUGAAGCUGUGUAAUGGUGACACAAGUUUAUGUCAAAUCCCCAAUAGUGUUCUGUCUGUCUUGGAUCCAGUGUUUCAUAUAGAAGUUAGGCUGCUAGCCCGGAAAGUAAGUAUUUGCCAUUGUCUUAACAUGGUCAGGUAAUGCCCAGGUUGUCGGCGCAAGUGCUUGUCCAAUUGUAUCACGGAAGUACUGUGUGAACAACAAAACUCUCUCUGACCCCAAAAUAACCCCCUCUCUAAUAAAGACCCUUUUGUUGUUAGGUAUUACUCCUGCUUUCUGCCUGAUAUGUUGCAUAUUUAUGCCACUGUAAAUAUAUGUUUCCAAUGUUGUAUGUAUUUAUGACCAACAAUUAAAGACAAUGUUGG